ACAUACACAUCAGUUAUGGCUUUUCUAGCAGUAACAUCUCUGAUGAGAACUGUAGAGCUCCAGUUCCUACACCCCCAACCACGCGUUAUUCUUACAAACAAAGCGCAGAUUAAGUCUCUUCAUGAAAAACUUGGGCAUUUGCUAGUUUAUCUCGAGGAAUGCGAGAAGAAAGGCAACAACUGCGCUGAGAUGAAAGAGCUGGCCGAAAAAAUUAGAAAAGUGAGUGUGAAGGCUGAAGAUGACAUUGAAGCAGAGCUAUUGAAUGUUCAUCAUUAUCACAAUCUGGAUCAAGCUUUGCAGCGUGUUGUUGAGGACAUUGAAGAGCUGAUGCAGACUACAAGGAACACCAACCACCACCUAAUUGUCAACAAUCUCACAGCUGGAGGUCCCUCUCAACCUACCUCAAAUGUGGAGGACAAUGCAAUGGUAGGACACUCAGAAGAACUGGAUGAGGUGAAGUCUCAGCUCUUUCGUGACUCGCUUAAACAACGCCAAGUAAUGGCUAUGGUUGGCAUGGGUGGCAUCGGCAAGACAACUUUUGCUAAAAGGAUUUAUAAUGACCCUCUAGUCACAUCUCAUUUCAAGUUUCGUGCUUGGACAACGUUGUCCCAAGAGCAUGACAAACGACAAGCUCUUACUGACCUCAUUCGUUGCAUCUUGCCAAUGAGCAACAAGAAUAUAGUAAGUGAUGAUCCAGACGACCUACUGCGCAGAAGUUUAUUGGGCCAGAGGUACCUUAUUGUUCUCGACGACAUAUGGACUACGAAAGCUUGGGACGAUAUCCAGAGAUGUUUUCCAGAUGACAACAAUGGUAGCCGAAUAUUGUUGACUACUCGGGUUAGAGAGAUAGCCGAGUAUGCCAAUUCUGGUGAGUAUUCUUAUAACUUGCGUUUCUUAAAUCCGUAUGAAGGUUGGGAUUUAUUUUAUCAGAAGCUUUUGGAUAAGGAAUUUCUGAACAAUGAAUUUGAGACAAUUGGGAAAAACAUUGUUCAGAAAUGUCAUGGUUUACCGAUUACAAUUGUGGUGGCAGCAGGGCUUCUAUCUACUAUCAAUAAGUCAGUAGAUGAAUGGAAAAAAAUUGAAGCUACAAUAAAUUCACUCCAGACUUUAGACCAUGAUCAACAAUUUUCAAGAAUACUUGAAUUGAGUUAUAACAACAUGCCUAGCCACUUGAAGGGUUGCUUUUUGUAUUUGGGAAUUUAUCAUGAAGAUUGUGAUAUUCCAGUUAAAAAGCUUAUUAGGUUAUGGAUUGCUGAGGGAUUUGUAGAGACAAUGAGUAAUAGGAGGCUAGAAGAAGUAGGUGGAAAUUAUUUGCAAGAUCUUAUUGACAGAUGUCUAGUUAUGGUUCAUGGGAGAAGCUCUGAUCAUAAAAUCAAGACUUGUAGGAUGCAUGAUCUCUUACGUGAGUUGUGUGUGAGCAAGGCUAAGAAAGAGAACCUUUUGUACCUUGAAACUACGGGUAGUUGUCAUGGUUUUGAUCGCUUGGUUCGAUUAGGUGAUAAGCCUUGGUUAAGUCUUAAAGUAGUAAACCCACAUUUUCAUUUGGCCAUUGCUUCCAGGAAAUGUCGUACCAUUUUAUGUUUUAAUAUGGUUGGAAACUGUGAUUAUGAAUGGUAUUUGCAUGCCAACUCUUUUAAGAAGUUAAGAGUGUUAGACUUGAGCAAGAUUAACUUCAGGUUAGGUAUGCCUCCAGAUAUUACAGAUCUUGUUUUCCUAAGGUACCUAGAAAUAGCCUCAAGUAAGGUUCUAAACUGUAUACCUUUGUGGAAGAAUUGGAAUCUACAGACACUAGUUGUCACAGAAGAUGACAAUGGUGCCCGCAGGCUGCCUCCUGGAAUUUGGGACCUGCCACAACUAAGGCAUCUUGAAAUCAACCAUCAGGUUCCUAUUUAUCUUCCAAAAAUGGUUCAAGAAAAUUUGCAGACACUUUAUUGGUUGUCUACCUCACAGUGUACAAUACAAGUGUUUAUGAGAAUUCCAAAUGUUAAAGAUUUGGGAAUAAUUUUUGCAAGAUGCCAAGUGUCAUCACAGGGUUUAAAUGAUCUGUGGUGUUUAAAUCAUCUUGAGAAGCUAAGAGUUCGAGGCUCUUACCACCCUUUACACUUGCCUCCUCUUUUCCCACAAAACCUCAAGGAGUUGACAUUUGAGAGAACCCUUAUACCAUGGGAAGCUAUGACUAUUAUUAGCUUGCUACCCAAUCUGAAGGUGCUUAAGCUCAAAAACUUUGCCUGUGUGGGACAAGAGUGGGAACUAAUUGAAGAUGGCAGCUUCCCUCAGUUAAAGGUUUUGCUCAUUUCUCUCACAAAUUUGAAGGAGUGGAAGGCAUACGUGGCCUCUCCUUUUCCCAAUCUUGAGCACUUGCACUUAAGAAAUUGCUUCGAGUUGAAAGAGAUGCCAGAGUGGAUUGCAGAUAUCAUCACUCUCCAGUUAAUUAAGUUGGAGUAUUGUUAUUCCACCCUCGUUACUUCCGCUAUGACUGUUAAAGAAGAUCAACUUCACAAUUACGGGAAUGACAUGUUACAUGUUCUUCACUUCCAUACUCGACCAGACGAGGACCAUGUUGGAGUAGAAGAAGAAUAUUCUAAUGAACAAAUCUCUGGAGAAGAAUGUGCCCCCAAUAGUUUAACAAGCCUUUGGUUUGAAGCAAGGAAGCUAACGAUUCCCGGUGGCGAAGAACCUAGUUAUUGGUCAUGGACUUUGGACCCUACUGGGUAUGAGGUUGCAGAACUUUUGCAAAUGAGCUGGUUUGAAAUCGGAUUUACCUGUGACAUUCGGUGCCUAUCAAAGAUGACUUGUUACUCUGCAUAUCUUGUAUUCAAACUUGUACAGGGAGGCUUUAAGGAUGUCAACACAGCACUCACAUGUGUAAGAUAUGCAAAGGACAAGAACCUAUACGGUAAGUUGCGCGGGCAGAAUCGGAACUCUCAGGUCUUUUUAGCAAAGACAAAGUCUUAUGGAGAUUGCGGUCAGUUUCCCAACGACGACCGUUCUGAUGGGUGGAUGGAGAUCAAGCUUGGAGACUUUUACGUUAGUAGUGGGAAUGAAGGUGAGGUUGAAUUUCAACUGUGGCAUGUAUCAGAUCAGUACUGGUUGUCUGGCUUUGUGGUUAAGGGCAUUGAAGUUCGACCAGCAAACUAAAGAUCAAUGGUUUGUGUUUUAAUUGGU